AUUUGUUCUUAAGAGAACUUCCGGCACGACUGUCACGGAAAGCGUAUCACCUACAUGUAACUCAGAGAUAAAGAAAAAAAGAUGAGUUAUCAACUUUACAGGAAUACAACUCUGGGCCAUACACUACAAGAGAGUCUGGACGAAUUGAUUCAGAUGGGACAGAUUUCACCGCAACUGGCUUUGAAGGUUCUGCUGCAGUUUGAUAAAGCAAUCAACACAGCUCUAGCACAGAGGGUAAAGGCAAAGAUCUCAUUCAAGGGUAAGCUGAACACAUACAGAUUUUGUGACAAUGUCUGGACCUUUGUGCUCAACAAUGUUGAAUUUCGCGAGAACCCUAUGCAGGAGAUAGCCAAAGUGGAAAAAGUCAAGAUUGUUGCUUGUGAUGGCAAAAAUGAUGGCAAAUCAUGACCAUCUGAUGAAAGGAAAUAUUUGACGAUUGCUUUCACGUUGUCAGUGUUGGGAGUGGCAUCAUUUCAUACAAAAUUGUCUGCACAUUUGAGAAAGAAUGGAACACCAUAAGGAUGUGAAUCUUUUGGAUGGCUGCCACAUUGUGGUUUGCCAUGGUACAAUUUUCUUGUAUUGAAAUUAUGUUGAUGUGUUAAUGCCAAGCCUUAACACUGAAGAUGAAUUGGGACAUGACACUUUGUGAACAUGGAUUCAUCUGCUUUUCAUCUUUCAUUUUAUAGACUUGAGAUUGCCUAUGUUCACCUUCAUAUACAGAUAUCUUUGUUUCAUGUGUACAUACACAUUUUCUUGUAGAGAAAUACAGCUAAUUGUACUGCUGCUUUUUUUUUUUUUCAGUUUAGGCGGUUAAAAAAAAAAAGUGCGAGUGUAGGUACUUAUGCAUAUGGUUUCUUAUAAAGGUCUAUCUUUUAUUGUUGGGCUGAAAAGAAAUGUUCGAGGGAGGCAAAGGCACUUGUCCAGCCAGGUAGCAGGUUAUUGACGCAUGACCACAAGUGUUGAACCAUUCUAAGGUAGAACUUGGACCUUUAAAAUUGUUGACUGACCAUAAAAAUUUCUUAAAUGAUUGAGUUAUCAUUUCCCCAAGUAGUACGCAAAGAUAGCAUGUCUUUGGCUGCAUCCACACAUCUGAAGAUAAUGUCACAGAUUCAAUGCCUACUUUUCUGGUUAUAUGUUAAUCUCUGCAAGGAGGUGUUCUGCAGCAGGUAUAUUAAUAUGAUCUACUGCAUGAAGGAUAGUCUUGUCCUGCUUUAUUCAAUACCAUAAUUCCACUGAAACUCAUUCAAUAUGGACGAAAAGUGGUGUGAUUGAACAUUUAAAAUGGUAGUGGUGGCAUAAAUAUAUGUUUACACCUGUUAAUCUACAAUAAAGACAACCAUCAUUGACACACCAUUUUAGAGAGCAUUUAAAAUAUUUUUAAAGCAAUAGGAUUUGUGCGAAAUAAAGUUAUUUUCUUGUACUAAAUUUAAA